AUGUCAGCACGAACUCACGAGCCUAGGCUGCAGGAACACUUGGAAGGAGGUCCGUGGGCCUUAAUAGAGUCAGAUCCAGGAGUUUUCACCUCGUUAUUGCAAGGACUUGGUGUAAAGGAUACCCAAGUAGUCGAUGUAUACUGGGAACUUGAUGAUAAAAAUGAGUGGGAAAGCGUCGGCAAAGUGUACGGAUUAAUCUUCCUAUUCAAGUUAAGCAUGGAGAUUGAUAAAAGCGGCGAAGAGUUUGACGAUGACGUAGAAUUGCUGCAAGUAUAUUUCGCUAAUCAGGUGAUUGAUAACGCCUGCGCAACGCAAGCCCUUUUGAAUAUUGUCCUGAACUGUAAUCAAAUCGAACUCGGAAAUGACUUGAAUCAAUUCAAAGAGUUCACGAGAGAUUUCAAGCCGCCACUGAAAGGUCUGGCCAUGACAAACACCAAUAAAUUUCGUGAAAAUCAUAAUCGUUUUGUUAGGUUCGAAGAGGAUCUCGACCUGAUAGAAAUGGAAAAACCUAAAAAGAAAAGCAAAGGAGGGAAUGCGGAGGAAUAUUGGGAGGCGGAAAAUGAUGAUGUGUUCCAUUACAUUGGUUAUGUGCCGGUAAAUGGAAGCGUGUUUGAACUUGAUGGAUUAGCGCGUAAUCCACGGAAAAUAGGGGUAAUCGAAGGCGACGAUUGGAUAGAAGUCGUAAAGGAUUCUAUCAGGAAACGAUUGGAAAGGUAUCAAAGCGAAGGUAUCGAGUACAACCUAAUGGCUGUCGUCCAUGAUCUUGAAGUCUACAAUCGUGAAAAAGCGUGCGAGAAAAUCAUAAUUAAAAGAACAUUAGAUCGUCGACUGGUUGAACUUGAUCCAAAUUGGAGAGCACUUAACAACAUUAAUCAAGUAUCCCGAGAAACGCCAUUAAUUCAAAACCUUGAACUGAAAAUGCUCAAGAAACCACGCGUGGCCGCCGAAAUUGAAGAGAUCAAAUCCAUGAAAGAAGUGAAUGAGUUAUUAGAAAGGAGAAACCUGAUAACUCAACAAAUUCGUCAAGCUAUAAUCAAUGAGAAACAAGCACGUGAAUCAAAAGAACAAGCCGAGGCGGAAAACAAACGCCGAAAAUUUAAUUACGUCCCGUUCAUUCAAGAAUUUCUCAAAAUUCUUGAUGAACGUGAUGAACUGGACGAUCUCCUCGAUCAAUACAAUUUUAUGCAAGGAAAAAAAUCUCGCGAUUAUUUAUUAGCAUCUAAUAAUGCUGUGAGUACGUGA